CCAUCCUCCCUUCACCUGCUAUCCCAAAACCAACAACCACUCUCACCAUCUUUCCUCCCUUUGCAUUUUGCUAUUUCCCCCCCAAAUUGCCAUCCAUCAAUUGUCUUCUUCUCGUUUUCUUCUUCUGUUCGACCUCACCAUCCGUUCGUCGACCUUCCUCCUCGCUUUGCAGCCGCCUCCUUUCUUCACACGCGUUCCGCGGCUGUACCAUUCGUUUCAUGGCCACCCUUCCACCUCGAGGUUUUUAGAACCUGGGAAGACGGAGUCUCUUCCUCCUCAUUCGCUUCUACCCUUCGACAUUGAACAGUAUCUUUUAAUCGACCUUCGUUUCUCCUGUCAAAACUUUGAGGAUUUCCAAUCCGCAUAACAACUUCCCCCUGGCCUAAUCUGUUUUUGGCCCUACCCGCUUUCAUGCCGAGUCUACGCCUCAUCUAAACAUUCUUUGAGACAAGCCUCGCCUCCAAAUUGGUACCCGUGCCUGCGCAGAAAAUCGAGUUGUCCGGUGUGAGGGUAUUGAGACAAGAGCUGGCUUUUGGUCCCCCACUGCUCUGACUGAGACAUUCAAAAAGAAAAACCAUGGCUGCGUUGGUUCAAACACUGCCAGCCCAGACCACGACCGUAACUAUGAUCGGUCGUCCAUCCUCCUCGGGAGGUUACCCUUCUCACGCCUCUCAAGGUCAAAUGAGAAAUCAUGCCCCAAGUCGAUAUAACAAUGUGUCAACGACCGGCUACAGAGGAGUGCCAGGAAGUGGUCCGAUAGCUCCCUACGCCUUCACCUCGACACCACAGUUAGCAGCCCCCAACAGCAAUGCACGAUUAUUUGCCCACAAUCAAGGACGUUCGAGGUCAUCUCCUAGCUCCCCACCCGACACUCCAACGAACCUACCACAGAUGGAUUUUGGUGGACGGCCUCUCUCCUUAGGUCUACCUGCAAUUCCAUCGACAGGCUCCCUGAUGGGCAUAUCCACCAACCUUGCACCCCCCGUUUCGUCUGCCACUCCUAAACCAUCUCCAGAUCGAUAUCGAAGAAAUGGACGUCGGGCAGAUGGAGAGAGUCAAGUCAAUCGCCCUGAGAGCCAUCUAACAAUGCCUUCCGGGUCCGGGAUGGCUGCAGUCGGCUCUCUUUACAACCACCCUGCUCAGUCGAGUAGCACUCCGUCCUUGCGUAGUCACCAAUCUUAUCGUGGUUCACAUGGAAACCUAGCCUCAAUGGGCCAGUCCAGUGCUGAUGAUCUGGCUGUGGGAAAGCCACCGACAACAGAGCUUGCAGCGAGAUAUCGAAGACGCAGCUUUGGGAGCAUUGAAACUGCUGGCCUUAACCAUGCGUCUGAUGUACAAGAUGCCUCCUCGCCGCAUCCAAACGUUUUCCUCCCGUCACCUCAAGCACAUCCGGCUCCAAUGCCCGCCCAACGACCACCACACAAGCAUACGCAGAGCUCUGAUAGUGUUGCAUCGUCAAGGUCCACUCAUUCGUCCCGACCCAGUUCGGCUCGUGCAAAUUAUGCCAACACAAAUAGCCCAGUCUCGAACCCGUCACCGACUGCUUCCCCAAAAUCUGAUCAAAGACUGGGUGUUCGCUCUCCUCGCUCGGGUGAUUCUAGCAUUCGACAACCUUCUCCACUGUCAAGACCAGCAAAUUUACAAGGUGAUGACGUCGAAGCAAAGACCCAAUCGUCACCUGCGGCGCCGCAGCAGCCACGGCUUGCUGCCAGCCCAGCCAUCGAGCAGCUCGCUGCCCUGAACCAGAAGAGUGGGACGAAAUCCAAAUCGAAACUACGACGUGCUUUCUCGUUCGGAAGCGCUGCUGAGUUGAGAAAGGCAACCACGCAAGGGAACCAUGAAAAGAGUGUGGCCAACAAGAAUGCGAUAGCGUCCAAGAGAAACUCAAAGUAUGAGGACGAGCUUGAGCCAGAGCAGGCCAGAAUCGCUGAGAAGCAGGAGGCUGCUGGUUUGGGUGAGAGCAUUUACUCAGGACAGGGUCAUUUCUUCACGGGAUCAACUGACAACCUGUCUAUCUCAUCGACGGCCUCCUCGGCGUCCGUUAUGCUCCGUAAAAUGGGCAAAGGCGUCAAGAAGGGCACGCGAUCUCUUGUUGGCCUCUUCCGGCCAAAAUCGGUUGUCGGUGUUCCAGCAGCGGAUGGACCAGUUAACCAAGCAAGCUUGGCACAAGUAUCGAUGGUUACCGUUGAAGCUGAAAGAGAAAAGGUCAAUGUCAACGUCAAUCCUCACGACCAGGCUGGCGGUGGUACAGGUUUCCCCAAACUUGAACGAAAUUCGAUUGAGACUAAGCUCUCAUUUGAUAGUGGCACUGUUUCAAGUGACACACGCUCCCGCCGGAGUAUCGUCGGUGGCGAAAAGGAGCGCGCAGAGGUACUUGCUGCUGUGAAGAAGGGCAUCCUAAAACGCGCAGAUUCAAAUCAAACAUCACCUAACUUGAAGACAUAUGACUUCAAGGUGCCUGAUUUUAAUCUACCACAGAUACCACAUGUUAACGACUCACCAAAAUCCAGUGCUCCAAGCACUCCUGCCGACGAAACACCCAGAUCUGGCCAUCGCCGUACUGAUUCCAUCACCAUCGAAAGCAACGACCAUGACGACUAUUUCAGCUCCAUGACUAGAUUUGUCAGCCCGGACACGAAAGAAACCCCAAUGACUCCUCAAAGUCUGAUGCGAAACAUUUCCUUUAGCCCUCGCCUCCAGUUCUAUGAUACCUGGCCGAGUGGCGAGUACGACCGCCGUGGGGAGAUAGCAACUUGCAAUCGGUUGACUCCAAUGCUUGCUCAACAGAUCAAGGAAGAGCUGAACACUUUCAAGAUGGAAAUGGAAGUCCACGAAUCCUCCAAAGUCUACACGCACUUUUUCUAACGGUUCGGAUAUACCUUUGGAUAUCAAGAGAAUGUCACAAUCAGACACUGGACUGCUCAAGACAGGCCAUGAGACCCUGCAGGUCAUUGGCCUCGCAUUCUCUACGGCCAUUGUCACGACAUGCACAUCACGGCAUAUUUUGUUGUUAGACAUUGGCAUGCAGACUUCUAAUGGGCGGCAAUCGACUUGGCUUGUCCCUGUGUACAUUUAAAAAGCACUCUCCAUGUUGCAUCAUUUCAUUUCAUGACGCGGUUGAAAGUAAGGUGUCUGGCGCUAAAACAAUCAGACCCAACGGAGGGUCACCACAUGGUAUUGGGACGUUGAUUUUGCUAUGUUUUACGAGGCGUGAACUUGGCUCUCCUGCAUCAUCAAGUUUGCAUCAUCACGGAUGAGACAUUGACGUGGCUGAGGUGAUGUGAGUCAUCUCUCACAACGUUGUUCGAGUGGCUGUAGAGGUAUUUCUUUGGUGCGGGCCGAAGGUUGACUGAUCAACCGCCACCGCUUGGAUUUACUCGAGAGUAAUGAUGAGUAUGGAAAGAGUCUUAGUCAGGCUGGAGGAAGCAAGGCAGGCUCUCCUACUCAGGAAAUUAAUCGAUCUUGGAGAAUAUUCGAACCCUUUUGUGUGUUUUGC